UUGAGGCGUGGAGCAGGCAGUAGAGGAUCAGUUGGCCAGAGACAGAGGAGCUCGAUGGGGCUGAGGGUGCAGAAGUCGGCACAGGGCUUGGAGGAGGAAGAGGAAGCAAAGAUGAAAGAUACACUGGAACGCACAAGGGAGCCUAACCUGGACUUGAAAGGCUAUCUUCUAAAUGCUUAUGUCCAUCCAGUAUUCAAGGAGGUUGAAGACUAUGAAUCCUCUGUUUUUAAUGAAGAAGACUAUGAAAAUGUACUGGUUCCUACCAAGCGAACAUCCCGAAAAACUACACCAGCUCCCAGCAAAUUUACUGGCUCAUCAUCAUCUUCUCUCCUUGAUGUUCAUGAAGAAUAUCAUUUCUGAAUUUCUUGACAUGAUUGGAAAAAUAAAUUGGUUGUAGAUAUUCUGAUCAAAUUUUAGUUCUGAUUGGUCUUAAAUCCGUUGGAUUUGCUUUGAAACGAGUGUAAUAUAUGAAGAAUCAAUUAGAGUUUAUAUUAAGUUUAUUUCAAAGCAAAUUCAACGACUUAAAAGAUAUAUUCAGAUAAAAAAUUUGAUCAAAAUAUAUGAGCUAAUUUUUUUCCUUUUGAUCUUCAUUCUCAUUGAACAUGACAUGAAGUUCAGAUCAUUUUCUGCGGAAAAAAGUUGUGGCAUGAUAUUCUUAUUGCACUCAUCUCAAAGUAAAUUCAAUAACUUUCCUAUGUAUUCUGAUAAAAAAAUUUGAUAAGAAUUUCUCGAGCUGUUUUUUUAUUUUUUUAUUUUCUGUACAUCAUCAUCACAAUGUAAAUUUGAUUUCGAACGUUCG